UGUCACCCGAGCCUUUUUGCAAACGUCAACAAACCACCAAAACCUAUGAUUUUUCUUAAAUCAUAUAGAAGAAAAGACCGAAAAUAGAGUUUAGAUCAAAUAAUUUUAAUAGAUUUCGAUAAGUAACUGCUUUAUUUAAAUCUAUACUAAAAUAUGUUUAACUGGGUGUAUUUCUUAGUUAUUUAUUGCAUAGCCAGCACUUCUGCAUUGUACUUUCACAUAGGUGAAACAGAAAGAAAAUGCUUCAUAGAAGAAAUUCCUGAUGAAACUAGUGUGGUUGUAAACUACAAAGUCCAACUCUAUGAUCCCAGAACAGGAGGUUUCAUGCCCUCAUCCCCUGGUAUAGGAAUGCACGUAGACAUUCGAGACCCUGAUGACAAAACCAUCCUGUCUAGAGUCUACUCUUCUGAAGGAAAGAUCUCUUUUACCUCUCAUGCUCCAGGAGAACAUGUUAUCUGCAUGUAUUCAAACAGUUCUGCCUGGUUUGGUGGCUCACAAUUAAGGGUCCAUUUAGACAUACAAGUUGGAGAACACGCCAUCAACUAUGGAGAAGUGGUUCAAAAAGAAAAACUAUCAGAGUUACAGCUUAGAGUGAGGCAACUAUUAGAUCAAGUUGAGCAAAUAACAAAGGAGCAGAACUAUCAAAGGUUCAGAGAAGACAGAUUUCGUCAAACAAGUGAAAGCACAAACUCGAGGGUUUUAUGGUGGUCCAUCACCCAAACCGCUGUACUGAUCUGUAUGGGAGCGUGGCAGAUGAGACAUCUGAAGAAGUUCUUUGAAGCAAAGAAAUUAGUAUAAUGUGGUAAAAGUGUUCUACUUUUUUUUUUAAAUAUAUGUAUGUUUUUCUUGUUUUGUA